AUGUUUGCCGUCUGGAAGUACGGGACAGAGGCGGACAACGUCCAGCACAUACGCCAAGCGGCGGACCCGGGCGCCUUUACACGGCUUCAGGCAUGCAAUCGCUGCCAUACGAAAAAGAUCAAGUGCAGCGGCGACAAGGACGGAUGCGUACGAUGCCUUGCGGCGGGCCAUGCUUGCGAUUACAACCGCUCGACUCUGCGCUUUCGAAAGAGCAAAAGCCCCGAGGGCAGCACCGGCAACAGCAAAUCGUCAAGCUCCAGCCCAUUCUCCCACAGGAGAAGCACGUCGUCUUCGACCAAGCACGAGAGGCGCCGCUCCGGGCGUGUAAUGCAGCCCACUCCGCCUCCAUCGACGACGGGCUCGCCCGCUGCCGGAUUCGCCAACGCAGCGUUCCCGACGCCGCUGGCUGGUGAUGGAAGUGGUGAUGGAAGUGGUGGUGGUGCUGCUGCUGCCGCCGCCGUCUCCAGCUCAACGACGACAACGACAACGACGCUUGCGCCCAUGGACGCCAUGGACAUGAUCUGCCCGCCCAUGGGCCGGAGCGUGCCCUUUUCGCUGUACGGGACACAGGCAAUACCGAGCGCGUGCUAUGAUGGCGGCGGCAACGGCGGCUGGCCGUCGUACGUGAAUCACUAUUCGGCAGGCAACGUGUCCGGCUACAACACCGAGUAUCUGCAGCUCCUUCAACCAAGAGGCGACCCGCUUGAUCUCUACAAUCUUAACAGAUCUGUCUCUGUGUGGCCUCAAUAA